UGCAGGUGCGGGGGAAAGAGCUGAUGGGAUGGAAGUUCUCUAUGGAUGUCCAAACUAACAGCUCGAGCAGAUGAUAUAUGACCAUCAGCAGAAAUAACUUUGGCGACUUCUGACAAACUGCAUCGUUAUAUUGACUGACAUCGCCUCGAUAUUUACUGUUCAUCUCAGUUCAUCUCGCUUCAGUUCCUCUGCGGUUCUGCUCAUAUUAAAGCACAUCUUCAUGAAGUGCAUCUGAUUUAAACUUGAGGAAAUACAUCGCAAACAUCAUCUGUUCAUCUAACGUGGGAAGGUGAAGGCACUCAGCAUCAUCCACUGCACACGACUGAAAGAUGAAGCUCGCUGGAUUUAUGCUCCUCCUCGUCAAUUCAGCGGCCUCCAUCAAUCUCAAAUACAUCUCCAAGAGGAACUCAGUGGACGGCUGUAUUGACUGGUCGGUGGACCUGAAGACAUACCGUGUGUUGGCCGGAGAGCCGCUGAGGGUGAAGUGCGCUCUCUUCUACAGCUACAUACGCACCAACUACAGCGUGGCCCAGAAUGCCAAGCUGCGACUCAUCUGGUACAGGAACAAGGGCGACUCCGAGGAGCCCAUCAUCUUCUCGGGUCACCGGCUGAGUAAGGAGGGAGACUCCAUUUGGUUCCGCUCCGCAGAGAUGGAGGACAAUGGAUUUUACACUUGUGUGCUCAGAAACUCCACGUACUGUAUGAAGGUGUCCAUGUCUCUGACGGUGGAGGAGAGCGAGCAGGGACUCUGCUUCAGCAGCCGAAUACGUUACCAGGAGAGCGCCGAGAUCACCAAGAGCAAAAUGAUCAGCUGCCCUGACAUCGACGACUAUCUCGCGCCCUACAAGCAGCCUAUCAUGACCUGGUACAAGGAGUGUCAGAGGAAAGAGCGGAGGAGCUCCAUCAUCAUCAACACCACCAGUCUCUGGAUCCCGGAGGUGCAGGAGGACGACGGAGGAAACUACACCUGUGAACUCAAAUAUGGCAGCAGAGUUGUGAGACGGACCACAGAGCUCAAAGUCACAGCACUUCUUACAACCAGACCACCAAAAGUCCUGUUCCCAUCAGAGAGACAGGCCAGCGUCAUAGACGUCCAACUCGGCAUGCGUCUGGUCUUAUACUGCAGGGCUUUCUUCGGCUACAGCGGGGAUUCCAGGCCCAUCAUCUACUGGAUGAAGGGAGACAAGUUCGUGGAGGAGCUGGAGGGACACAUACGAGAGAGUGAAGUCAGGGUGGUGCGAGAGUUUCUGGGGGAGAAGGAGGUGGAGCUGUCGCUGAUCUUUGACGCUGUGGAGGAGACAGACAUGGGCAACUACACCUGUACCGUGGAGAACCACAUCGGCCGAGGCAGCGGCAGCGCCGUCCUGCAGAAGAAAGACAUGUACAGGCUGGAGCUGGUUGGUGGUCUGGGUGCCAUCAUGCUGAUAUUGGGGAUCUUCACAGCCAUCUAUAAGUGCUAUAAUGUGGAGAUCAUGCUGUGCUAUCGACAACACUUCGGCAGCGACGAGGCAGAUGAUGACAACAAGGAAUAUGACGCCUACCUGUCUUACACCAAAGUGGACUUUGAGUCGGUGGAGCGUGAGAUGAGCGAGGAGGAGCUGUUUGCUCUGGAGAUCUUACCUGACGUUCUGGAGAAACACUACGGAUAUAAACUCUUCAUCCCGCACCGGGACCUCAUUCCCAGCAGCACGUACAUCGAGGACCUGGCGCGCAGCGUGGAGCAGAGCAGGCGUCUCAUCAUCGUCUUGACCCCUGAGUUCGUGGCCCGCCGUGGCUGGAGCAUCUUCCAGUUCGAGCCGCGGCUGCACAGCAUGCUGGUGACAGGCGAAAUCAAGGUGAUCAUGAUCGAAUGCUCGGACCUGUGCAGCGUCAUCAACUACCAGGAGCUGGAGGACCUCAAGCACACCAUCCGAGUGCUGUCGCUCAUCAAGUGGUACGGGCCCAAGAGCAGCCAGCUCCAAUCCAAGUUCUGGAAGCGGGUGCGCUACGAGAUGCCUGCGAAGAGAAAAGAGAGCGUGUCCCGCCGACAAGUCCUAGACUCGGGCGAGCAGGGGCUGUUCGGCGACCUGCAGGCCGUGUCGACCGUGGCUAUGACCGCCACCUCGGCGUCACUAGCGCCGGCUCACGUGGAGAUACCGGACUAUAACGAGCCGGGCCACCUGCAGAUGCACCACUUCUGCCGCAGCUAUGAGUACGAGCUGCCCAGCUCUGCCAUCGCCACGCUCAGCGGCCGGCACAUGUACUGCAGUCUGCCCAUGACGCUGCUGAACGGACGGCUGACACAGAAUAACAUCGGCAAACCCAAGAGAGACAUUCACUUGAGCAGCCCGUUCGUGCCGCUGUCCGGACCAGAGCUUUCCAGUGACAUCUGGUAGAGCGGCUCCGCCAAACACAGCUUCGCCGAUCUCAUCCUUCCUUCCUUUUGACCUGCAUGAGUUCAUCUUGUUAAGAUUUAAAAAAUAAUACAUAAUGGUUUAUCUGGCUCUCUUCCAGCCUUUAGUGUUUUCAUACUUUGUUCCGACAUAUGAAGAGCUACUGAUAUUGUUUUCUUACUUGAAUUUUGAGGUAAUUAUGCCAUGUACAGUUAUUACAUCAAACGCUACAUCUGCAUUGUUUAAAGGGUUUAUUUGACAUUCUGACUUCGGUUGUUACAGCACAAUAAUGUAAAGACACAUCAACUCUGAGCUUUAAAGAAUAUUAGGUUCUAUUUAUGCAAAUAAUUCCUAUUCAAAUCUAAUAAGCACAUUGAUAUUGUUUGUAGCUAGUCGAGGAGAUAUUUACAUAUUUGAUACAACUUAUUAUUUGCCUUAUUUCCCGAUCGUUUGGCUGUUUUCUUCCUCAGAAUUCGGUUUUGAUGAUGUUUUUCAUGCAUUAUGGAAAGAUACAUUUAAUGGUGUAUCUGGUACUACGGAGAAAGCGUUCAGUGCUGGCAGUGAUCAAGCACUUUUGAUCAAUACUGAUAUGUAUUAUCAUUUUAUUGAAUUUGUAUGCAAUGUUGCCCUCUAGAAUGAUAGAUCACUAAAAUCAGUGAGUGGAUUUUGUAUACUCACGACUAGUAUGUCCUUUUACUCUUCAGAUACAGUCAUGUGUGGAAGAGUAUGAAUAUCCGAGCUGUUAUUUAACAAAUUCUCACAAACCAAGCAGCUUGUCUGAUUCACAGGUUUGUGGGUUUAGCCUAUAAAUAAUUUGUAAUAUACCUUUCAAAAAUAAUAAUUGUCAUCAG